GCCCAAUACUGAGAAGACCCGGGUAGCGCCUCCAGGCCACACUGAGCCCGCUUUAGGCACUCCGCAUGCUGGGUCUCCUCCUCUUCCUGUGGUGGUUAGCUAUGGCGGCCGUUAAGACCCUGAACCCCAAGGCCGAAGUAGCCAGAGCCCAGGUGGCGCUGGUGGUCAACAUCAGCGCGGCCCGGGGACUGCAGGAUGUGCUGAGGACCAACUUGGGGCCUAAAGGCACCAUGAAGAUGCUUGUUUCUGGUGCUGAAGACAUCAAGCUUACUAAAGAUGGCAAUGUGCUGCUUCAUGAAAUGCAAAUUCAACAUCCAACAGCCUCCUUAAUAGCCAAAGUAGCAACAGCCCAGGAUGACAUAACUGGUGAUGGUACCACUUCCAAUGUCCUAAUCAUUGGAGAACUACUGAAACAGGCGGAUCUCUACAUUUCUGAAGGUCUUCAUCCCAGAAUAAUAACAGAAGGAUUUGAAGCUGCAAAGGAAAAGGCACUUCAGUUUUUGGAACAAGUCAAAAUAAGCAAAGAAAUGGACGGAGAAACACUUAUAGAUGUGGCCAGAACAUCUCUACGUACUAAAGUGCAUGAUGAACUUGCUGAUGUCUUAACAGAGGCUGUGGUGGAUUCCAUUUUGGCCAUUAAAAAACAAGAUGAACCUAUUGACCUCUUCAUGGUUCAGAUUAUGGAGAUAAAACAUAAAUCUGAAACUGACAGAAGCUUAAUCAGAGGUCUUGUUUUAGACCAUGGGGUGCGGCAUCCUGAUAUGGAAAAAGAAAAAAAAAGAGUAGAAGAUUCAUACAUCCUCACGUGCAAUGCGUCAUCAGAAUAUGAAAAAACAGAAGUGAAUUCAGGCUUUUUUUUUUUUUACAAGAGUGCAGAAGAGAGAGAGAAGCUUGUAAAAGCUGAAAGAAAAUUCAUUGAAGAUAGAGUUACAAAAAUAAUAGAACUGAAAAAGAAAGUCUGUGGUGAUUCAGAUAAAGGAUUCGUGGUUAUUAAUCAAAAGGGAAUUGACCCCUUUUCCUUAGAUGCUCUUGCAAAAGAAGGCAUAGUAGCUCUGCGGAGGGCUAAAAGGAGAAAUAUGGAAAGGCUGACUCUUGCUUGUGGUGGAGUAGCUCUAAAUUCUUUUGAUGACCUAAAUCCUGAUUGUUUGGGACAUGCAGGACUUGUCUAUGAAUAUACAUUGGGAGAAGAGAAAUUCACCUUUAUUGAGAAAUGUAACAACCCUCGCUCUGUCACAUUAUUGGUCAAAGGACCAAAUAAGCACACACUCACUCAAAUCAAACAUGCAAUAAGAGAUGGCUUGAGGGCUGUUAAAAAUGCUAUUGAUGAUGGCUGUGUAGUUCCAGGUGCUGGUGCAGUGGAAGUGGCAAUGGCAGAAGCCUUGAUUAAAUAUAAGCCCAGUGUAAAGGGCAGGGCCCAGCUUGGAGUGCAAGCAUUUGCUGAUGUAUUGCUCAUUAUUCCCAAGGUUCUUGCUCAGAAUUCUGGUUUUGACCUUCAAGAAACUAAAGUUCAAGCAGAACAUUCAGAAUCAGGUCAACUUGUAGGUGUGGACUUGAACACAGGUGAGCCAGUGGUAGCUGCUGAAGUAGGCAUAUGGGAUAACUAUUGUGUAAAGAAACAGCUUCUUCACUCCUGCACUGUGAUUGCCACCAACAUUCUCCUGGUUGAUGAGAUCAUGCGAGCUGGAAUGUCUUCUCUAAAAGGUUGAAUUGAAGCUUCCCUUGUGUCAUUUGUAUCAUGAAGACUACAGAGUGAUCCUAAGAAUGUAGCUAUGGAAUUUUCGUCCAAGCUUCAAAUGAUUUUCAAAAGCAUUUUCCUUUCCCAUACGAAAAAGAGAACACUGACACUCAAAUUUUGAAGUUCUGAAAUUAUUAUUACAGUAUUUAUUUAAAUUUCACUGCAGUGUACACCAUUAAGCAGGCUGUUUUCACCCAAUGAACAGGAUGUUUUGCUUUAGCUUCCAUGAUCUAAAGGUACCAUGUUAGA